GCUUAAUUCCUCGUAGUGAAGAUAUAAAUUGGAGGCCAGCAGAGAAACUCGACAACAUUGGCAAUAAGAAUCAAGAUUGUUUUACUGUUAUCCGAAAAGAACAACUGCUAAUCACUAUGUCUCUCCAACCCUUCUUCGAAUUACACCCCUUCCAAGACGUUUUUUCUGACUUUUUGAGUUAUUCUCCUCGUGUCCAACGCCAGAACCGUGUUGGUGAUUUGUCACCGGCCAUUGAUGUUCAUGAAGGCAAAGAUACCGUCGAGGUGGAUGUAGAACUUCCUGGUGUCAAAAAGCAAGACGUACAAGUUCAUUACGAUGAAGGAAAAUUGACGAUUUCUGGUGAAUCUGUGAAUGAACGCAAGAGUGAAAGCGACAAAGGAAACCAAAGAUGGUCGGAACGUCGCUUUGGUUCCUUUUCGCGAACAAUCACCAUCCCAAACAGAGUGGAUGCCGAUCGUAUUGAAGCUCAAUUUAACAACGGUAUUCUAAGCAUUGUCUUACCCAAGGUUGAGGAGUCUCGCUAUAAAAGACAAAUUGCCAUUAAUUGAACCUAAUCUGAAAGUUACGACCGUUAUGUUUUGAUGAUAAUUUAGCACUGGCUGUUCUUAUGAAAAAUACAUGGAUGAAUAUUAAUAAUACUUCUUAUUUCAUUAUUGAAACU